AACCAGAAAUUCAAAUAACGAGUUAUUAACCCAAUAAGGCACAGCUGGAUAAGAUCAAUGACCAAGGAAUGUCUCAACUGUGUGAAUAAUUGUUAUAUUGUCAUGUUUGCCUGUGAAAAUGUUGUUGCCAUUAUUUUUGCUUGUCUCCAGGUGGUGCACUUUUACAUGUGGAACUUUUCCCGAAUCCUCGUCUUUCAGGUCGUAUUUAUUCGAAACUUAAGCCUCCUACACUCACUCACCAGUCCAUAACUUUUACAUCUACUGCUACUGAGACUAAAAUCAUCCACUUUCCUUUGAUCAAACGAAACAUACCUCCACUGUGGGCUCACAUUUUACCGGCACGUUGUACCUUUCAGUGUAAACUCGGGGAAUUAAACUGCUUGUCUCAGAGUGUCCUGAAAUCCUAUUGGUCUAACUCCUGGUUGCGUGGACGAACACGGAAGUGAGCCGACUGUGAUGUGAUGAGAGCAAGAUGAUUGCGGAUCUGUUGAUAUUCGGGACUUUACUGGUCAAUGCAGGGGCUGUGCUGAAUUUCAAGCUUAAAAGGAAGGAGUCACAGGGAUUUGGAGAUGAGUCCAGAGCACCAACGACAGGUGACAACAUCAGAGAGUUUCUUCUCAGUUUACGAUACUUCCGGAUCUUCAUUGCUCUGUGGAACGUCUUCAUCAUGUUCUGCAUGAUCGUAUUAUUUGGAUCAUGAUCGGCGUUUGCAACGACUGGACUUCCACCAGGAUGCUCACUUUUCCAGACCGAUGCUAUAAACUUCUCCUUGAUGGGAUUUUUCCUUUGGCCCUUUCAAUUUGAAUUAUGCUUCUUUUCAGUUACAACACAAAAAUCUACAGAAAUAUACGUCUGGCUGUACAGGGAUUUCUGCACCUCGUAUUUAUUUUCUAUUUCAGAACUUGUUAGAUUUUUACCUUCUGAGCUGUAACUGAACCAUUGUUGCUGGAUAUACAGUUUGUUGUGCUGUGCUCCUUUAUAGGACAUGGGCUGUUGUCUCCAGCAUGCCAGUGCUUUUUAAAGAAACACCAGAAACAUCCAUUUAUUUGUUUCGCCUGCACAGCUGUCAAUUUAAGUGGAUUCAGCAGACCAGUCACAAUGAUCUGUCUUACUUUAUGAACUCUCAUUUGUUAUAAAUGGGACAAGCUUCUCCAGUUACACUCAUCAGCUGUCGUGUGCUGCCUCUUAGAUGAAUAUCAAUGCUUUAUUUUCUUUAUUCUGGAGUACAUGUGCUAAAAGUAAACAUAUAUACACGAUAUUGUAAAAUUUGUCCUUCACAGAGAACACAAAGUUUUCCUAUUGAAUAUUGGUGGCUCAGGUAUGGGCCAUGAUGUGUCUGAUCCACAUUAAAUACAUUUGUUCCUUUCACUAUCAUUAGUUAUAGUUCAGUGAUACUGAUUAUACUACAUCAAUGUUACACAAUGACUGUAUACGGUGUGUUCUUUACAUUUAAUAUUCUACUGUACAGUGGGAAAUGCAGUGUGUUUACUGUCAAUCAGUCGAACUGCCACUAACAACAAAUUAAAGCAAAAAUGUUUUCUAAUUAUUGACUUCUUGUAGCUAUGAAUGCCGUCUGGGCUUCCUUUGUGUUUGUGAGAUAACGGUUCAUAAACUUGUAAUGAAUUAUCUCAACUAUUCAGUGGAUUGUGAUGAAAUAUUGAACACAUUCUGUCGACCUCUCAAUAAACUGCAACAAAUUUUG